AGCAGAUUAUAUAAUCCAUUGAAAUGCCCAGCAAAUUUCAAAGGAAAAGCUCCCCAGCAGGCGCAGGGGGCGGUGGGGCAUCCAGUGUUUCCUCCACACCAAGCAAUCAGCCCCGGAAGCGGGUGAAAAGAUGCUGCCGGAACUUCGUAACCUUCAUGUGCACCCAGGUGGGCGUGGGCGCCCUCAUAGUCUUCUAUGCCAUCUGCGGUGCCUUCGCCUUCAUGCACAUCGAACGCCAGUUUGUGGACGAGACCGCUGGCCACGUGAUGGAGCUGCGCCAGAACUGCUCCCAGCAGCUGUGGAGCAUCACGGAGGAGCACAAUCUCAUCGAUCGCCGGCGCUGGACGGAGGCCACGAAUGCGGUGCUGCGCGAGUACCAGGCGCAAAUAGCAGGAAUCGUCAAGCAUGGCUAUGUGGGAAGGAGUCCCGAGCAGAUCUGGAGCUUUCCGGCUGCCCUGAUGUUCUGCCUGUCGGUGAUUACGAUGAUUGGGUAUGGCAACAUGGUGCCCAGGACUCCGUGGGGCAAGGGAUUUACCGUGAUCUAUGCCACUUUGGGCAUUCCCCUCUACAUCCUGUACUUCCUGAGCAUGGGAAGAGUCCUAGCCCGCUCAUUUAAGUUUCUGUACCGCUCCCUGCACGACUGCACCCAGGAGGAUCGCUUGGAUGCCCUCGAGGGUGGACAUAUGACGCGCAAAAAGGUCAUCGUACCCUCCACCGCCUGCCUGUGGGUCAUUUUCUUCUACGUCCUCACGGGGACUGUGAUGUUUGCCAACUGGGAGAAGUGGAGCUUCCUGAACAGCUUCUACUUCUGCAUGACGUCGCUGUGCAAGAUUGGCUUCGGUGACUUUGUCCCAGGCGCCUCGCUGACCACCACCGCGGAUGUGAAUGCGGCGACGCACAAGUUGCAGGAGGAUAUCGCCGCCGAUCCCGAUGAGCUGGCCCAGCUGCAGUCAGUGGCCGCCGACCAGCACUCCAAGCUGGCCAUUAACUUCGUCUACAUGCUGCUCGGGAUGGGCCUGGUGGCCAUGUGCCGCAACCUGAUGCGCGAGGAGGUGCGAAUGAAGGCGCGCGAGAUGCGCGAGGAUGCCAAACUUUGCAUGGAGGAUACGCGGCUGCGAUUCGUCGGCUGCUGCGGGAAUCCCCGGGAUGCCUACGAGGAUGAUUACUACUAG